AAUCGCGAGGCAGCUCAAGUCCCAACGGGUCAGUGGUGGCUCAGGUGCUGUGUAUAAACUGCGACGGUUUGUCCAUCUGCCUUUUCCCGGGAAUUAGUGAUUCCUCAACCCUACGAGGAAACAAAAGAGGGAGAUGUCGAUACGCUACGGGAGCGUCGUCCGCACGGUGAGGCCCCGAGUGAGCGGCGGGGGAGCAGGGUGCGGGCGUCAGGUUUUUGUAAAAUAUUUAUGCAGUCCACUCAGAGCAGUAAGUUCCUUGCAAGAUAAAAAAAAGGAAUUGUUACAGAAUGGACCAGACCUUCACGAUUUUGUAUCUGGCGAUCUUGCAGACAAGAGCACCUGGGAUGAAUAUAAAGGAAACUUAAAACGCCAGAAAGGAGAAAGGUUAAGGCUACCUCCAUGGCUAAAGACAGAGAUUCCCAUGGGGAAAAAUUAUAAUAAACUGAAAAAAACAUUGCGGAAUUUAAAUCUCCAUACAGUGUGUGAGGAAGCUCGAUGUCCCAAUAUUGGAGAGUGUUGGGGAGGUGGAGAAUAUGCCACUGCCACAGCCACGAUCAUGUUGAUGGGUGACACAUGUACAAGAGGUUGCAGGUUUUGUUCUGUUAAGACUGCAAGAAAGCCCCCUCCACCAGACGCCAAUGAGCCCUACAAUACUGCAAAGGCAAUUGCAGAGUGGAACCUGGAUUAUGUUGUCCUGACAUCUGUGGAUCGAGAUGAUAUACCGGAUGGAGGAGCUGAGCACUUUGCAAAAACUGUAUCAUACUUAAAGGAAAGGAAUCCAGAAAUUCUUGUGGAAUGUCUCACCCCUGAUUUCCGAGGAGAUCUUAAAGCAAUAGAAAAAGUUGCUCUGUCAGGAUUAGAUGUGUAUGCACAUAAUGUAGAAACAGUUCCAGAAUUACAGAGGAAAGUUCGUGAUCCUCGGGCCAGUUUUGACCAGUCUCUACAGGUGCUGAAACACGCCAAGGAGAUUCGGCCUGAUAUUAUUUCUAAAACAUCUAUAAUGUUGGGUUUAGGCGAGAACGACAAGCAAGUAUAUGCAACAAUGAAAGCACUUCGUGAGGCAAAUGUAGACUGUUUGACUUUAGGACAAUAUAUGCAGCCAACAAAGCGCCACCUUAAGGUUGAAGAAUACAUUACUCCUGAAAAAUUCAAAUACUGGGAAAAAGUAGGAAACGAACUUGGAUUUCAUUAUACUGCAAGUGGCCCUCUGGUGCGUUCUUCAUACAAAGCAGGUGAAUUUUUCCUGAAAAAUCUAGUGGCUAAGAGAAAAACAAAAGCCCUCUAACAUUUAACAAGACAUCAAGAUCACAGGAAUUUUUAAAAUUUGAUUCCAACUGAUAACAGGUAGUGUCAGGAUACCUACACUUCAGUGGAUGAACUCGUUUUUUAUUUUAAGAAAAAUGUCAAUAAGCCAUGCAUAUUUAAUUAUAGUAAUUUAUUUGUCUUUUACCGUGUCUUCUAUGUCCCAGUAAACAAUCACUUUAUAUGAUGUAAUCAUAAAACAUCUUUAUGAGUUUACUGUUAACAGUAUAAUUUAAAAAUACAUUAAAACUAAUAUAAAAUAAUA